AUGCCUCUUCCCUUUUCGUUCGGUCGCCUGUUUCAGGGGCCUUUGGCUUCGUUCACUGCGCGCAUUCCAUCCGAUGGACCCCUCAAUUCGCUGACCACUGUCCCUUUAGUCGCAAACAUGCUCAACAAGCUGUCUGGACAGCCGGAGAGCUACGAGAAAAAGGCUCUCUACAAAUUCGGGCGAACACUGGGUGCUGGCACAUACGGUAUUGUCCGCGAGGCUGAAGCAACCGACGGCGGGAAGGUUGCGGUGAAGAUCAUCCUGAAGAAGAACGUCCGCGGCAAUGAAAGCAUGGUCUAUGAUGAGCUUGAGAUGCUCCAAUCCCUCCAGCACCCCCACAUUGUCUCAUUCGUCGACUGGUUCGAAUCGAAGGACAAAUUCUACAUUGUUACGCAACUAGCCACUGGUGGCGAGUUGUUCGACCGUAUCUGCGAGUACGGCAAGUUCACUGAGAAGGAUGCGUCGCAGACCAUUCGCCAGGUGCUUGAAGCUGUGAACUACUUGCACAAGCGCAACAUUGUUCACCGAGACUUGAAGCCCGAGAACCUGCUCUAUCUCACCCGCGCCGCCGAUUCCCAGCUCGUCCUGGCGGAUUUCGGUAUCGCCAAAAUGCUCCACAGCCCCUCCGAGGUCCUCACCAGUAUGGCCGGCUCAUUUGGUUAUGCCGCGCCCGAGGUCAUGCUCAAGCAGGGCCACGGCAAGGCCGUCGACAUGUGGUCGCUCGGUGUCAUCACCUACACCCUCCUGUGUGGAUACUCUCCCUUCCGAUCCGAGAACCUCACCGACCUCAUUGAAGAAUGCCGGACAGGUCGCAUCAUCUUCCACGAGCGCUACUGGCGCGACGUGUCCCAGGAUGCUAAGGACUUCAUCCUUACCAUGCUGAACGCCGACCCCGCCAAGCGAGUCACCUCCGACGAAGCCCUCAAGCACGAAUGGCUGACUGGAGAAUCCGCGAGUGACCGUGACUUGCUGCCCGAGAUCCGCGCCUACAUCGCCCGCGCCCGUCUCCGCCGCGGUAUCGAGAUCGUCAAGCUCGCCAACCGGAUUGAGUCGCUCAAGAUGCACGAGGAAGAAGAUGGUGAGGAUAUCCCCAGUCCCAUGGACAUGGGCAACUCUGGAGACUCGGCGGAGGCCCCACCGUCCAAUGGUGAGGCUAGCCCGGCCCCCGGCCACGCAAAGAAGAAGAGCCUUGGCAGCGCUGCUCGCGGUGCUAUCUUCCGUGAGGUGGUUUUGGCCAAGGUUCGGGAGCAAAAGGAGAACGAGGAGCGUGAGAAGGUCGAGCGUGAAGCUCGUGAGAAGGCUUCCUCUGCAUAA